AUGAGCAGACUUCAAGUGAGCAACCUCUUUGACGUCAAGGACAAAGUCGUAGUUAUCACGGGUGGUGGAUCUGGUAUUGGUAAGAUGAUGGCCGAUGGCUUUGUACAGAACGGUGCUAAGGUCUACAUCGCCUCACGCAAGCUCAGAUUUUGUGAAGCCUCAGCCAAGGAGCUUAAUUCAAAUGGGCCAGGUCAAUGUAUUGCGUUGCAAGCUAAUUUAGAGAAUGAAGCUGGCUGCAAGGAGCUAGCCGAGCAGAUUGCUCAAAGAGAGAAGAAAGUGGAUGUUCUUAUUAAUAAUUCGGGUGUCUCGUGGGGCGGAGACUUUGAUCAUCAUCCAGAGUCAGCUUGGAACAAAGUGCUGGCCGUAAAUGUGACGUCACCUUUUCACUUGACCAAAUAUCUCCUUCCGCUGCUAGAUGCCGCCGCAACAUCGUCAGACGCAGCUCGUGUUAUUAAUGUUGGCUCAGUGGCUGGUCUUAUGCCACAGCGAAUUGAUACGAUUGCUUACGAUACAUCCAAGGCAGCUAUUCACCAUAUGACUCGCGUUUUGGCGGCCAAGCUAGCGCAACGUCCCAACGGCGGGCAUAUUCUCGUGAAUGCGAUUGCUCCAGGUGUUGUGCCAUCAAAUAUGGUGAAUAGUUUAUUAAAAACUACUGGCUUAAGUAUGGAUGACUAUGCCAAAAGUCUACCUGUUGAAAGAGUUGGUCAGGACUCGGAUAUGGCUGGACUUGCCAUCUUUCUCUCGUCCAAAGCGUCAGGAUGGAUUACAGGUGUGGUCAUUACCGCGGACGGUGGCUUAGUUCAUACCAUGGAAGUUGGCAUGCACUCUUCUAAGCUUUAA